AAUAAUAAACAAAAGGAGCGAUGGAUCUUUUCCACCGAAGCUGCUUGAUAAUGUGUUGUAUUGUAUCGCAGCUUGUUUGAGUGUUGUUACUCGUGAAACAACACCUCGGGCUUAUUUUCAGUUACAAAAUGACAGAAGGGAGUGUUACUAGAAUGAAGCGCAAUGGCGCUCGUCUCUUCAAAAACCCUCCUCAGCCUCAUAUGUGUAUACAAGACUUCAUACAGGGUAUUGCAGUCCCAUGUUAUGUAAAUGUUUUAUCCUGGGAAAAAAUUGCAAUGCCGCUAAAUCCUUCUCAGCCUGUACCAUUUUAUGGGGGAAUGAGGGUCAGACCACCGCGUACAAAGGAAGAAGCCAUAGUGUUUGCAGUGAUGGCUAAUCCAGAGGUUCUUCGAAUAAAUGGCAAGAAUGCACAAGAUCCAAAGAAACGCACCAGUUUAAUAGAACUUUUAUUAGACUUUGUGGAAACAGUUAACGCGGGAGUGAUUUUUACGCGGCAAUACACGAUACUAAAAGAUCGUGAUAUCACUGGGGAAUUGAAGGAAGUAUGGAAUGCAGUGCAAGCUAGACGGGAUUUAGAACAACCUCCUCCACAACAGGAGACUUGGAUCGACGCGCAACCACCUGUUCUUCAGUAUCCUCAGUAUCAGGAUCACCAGCAGCAGGACUAUACAUCUCAACCUCCACAGUAUCAUUCGAGUUUAGCAUAUGGUAGGGCAAUGAAUAACGAAGGUAUGCAUUAUGAUAAUUGCGGUCAUCAGUCUCAGAAUCAAGUAAUUACACAGAACGACCAGAUGUAUCAGUCUGGGCAAAUGGUAUCACAACAAUAUCAUGGAAACGUUUCUCGGAUCACACAGGAUCGUUAUAAUUAUAGAGAAUGCGGUAGGGAUAAUAUUGUACAGAAUAUUCCACAACAAAACUGUCCUGCAUAUCCAGGGCCACAGUAUCAGUUUCAGCAGUUACCUAGGCAAAUGGUGCCUCAGUAUGUCAAUUCAAACGUACAUCCUAACAGCACUCUUAAUUACGAUCCAUCUACAAAUGCGAACGUCAAUCCAAACAUGAACACGAACUUAGGAGCACCUUAUCAACCAUAUAUAACUUACCAACAACGAAUGGAGAAUACAAUACAUAUCGAUAUGUGCAGAAUGCAACCACACAAACAACGUUUGAAUCACGUUCAGCCAGUUCCACAGUACGAACCAACGGCAUCGUUUAAUCUUCAAACAAUUUCUCUGAAAUUAGGCAGGCCACAUAUGGGUGUUGCUCAGAAGAACAAUGCAAGCAAGAGACAAAUCAAUUCACCUACUCAUUCCAAACAAUCUUCCUGUACAAACUGUCAGAAGGAUCUAUCCGACAGUGGCACAAAACCGAAGAGCCCUGUUAAGGUUCUGCAACGAGAGUUACCAUCAAAUGAUCGACAAGACACGAACAAUCAUACAUCCAGUAGUAAAGUAUCUCCGGAUAAAGAGACCGUUGAAAAGACGAAAAAUGUUCAGGUGACAGACUUAGACGAAGAUGUUAAAAAGACUAAUGAUUCCGAUGGUGAAAAGACUGAAUCUACUAGAAAAUCAAACGAUAUUCAUACUUCAGAUUCUGCUUCGACGAAUCCCGAUCAAAAUACAACAAAUUCCGUUGAAAACACGUCUGAAGAUAAGCACCAAGAAGUAAAGAUCACGGAUCUUCCAAACGGUCAGAAUUCAUCUGAUCAAAAGUAUUCAAAGCCAAAAGGUGCUGCAAUGAAAGGGAACAAGUACAAAGAAAACACAGAAAGUAACAGAACGAAUCGCAUUAGAUUCAUUUCUGAUCAGAAGAAUGAUAGUCCAAAACGGUCUCAGACAACUGUUAAUAGCAUUAUAAAAAGUGUGUUUAAAAUUCACCCUGGUAUGUCUGGAGAAGAAACUUCAGGCAAAAGGAAAGCCAAUGGACAAGCUAAGAGUAAUGCUAAGACGAACGGUGAGAACGAAGAAAUACAUCAAGGAUAUACGAUAUUGAAGAAGACGGAGUCAACUACUCAGGAAGAGAUAGCUAACGAGCUAUCUCAACUAUCCAUUCAAGACUGCAAAGAUGCUACUGAAGUUAGUCCCGUGCUCUCGUGAUAGCCUAGUUUGUAGCUGGUACUAAGUACUAGCUCAUAGCUAAAAGAGCAGUGAAUUUAAUGUAAAUAGGUAGAACAUUAAUCAAUAAAAAAAAAAGUCAAGAGUGAAACAGAUGCUAAGAGGGGGACUCGAAAGCACAAUACACAUAUUAACACGAAAACGUACCAAAAUAUCAGGACACGCAAGAGCUGACCGCCAAUUAUUUUUCGACGAAUCCAUUCGUCUUCCUUCGGAUAAUUUUGACGUAAACGGAUCAUAGUGAAAAGUCCUUCAAAUAAGAAGCUCAAGACAUAAAAUUUGAACACGAUAAACGGACUCACCAGUGGAACGAUUCUUAUGACGCAUUAAAAAAGUCAUAGGAUACAUGAUCAUGCACAUUUGCUCAUAGGAUUCAACAAUAAUUUUGCUUCCAGUAAUAAUUACCAAUAGCAGCUGAAUAUUAAUUUCACACAGAGGGUGUACGGCUAGAGGUGGUCAUCCUUGUAGGAGGUGGUAGCUGAGAAGAUCUUGAAUAACUUUCUCCUUUAUCACAAUGUUCAUUAAGGCUUAGUUUUUAAAUUAAUAAUGAAAAACACCGACCAAUCAGAGCGCACAACCCUAAGAACCGCGAAUAAACUACUCGUCUGAGCAUGCGCGCUCUGACUGCUCAGUGCUUUUCAUUAAUAAUUCAAAAACUAAGCCUUAAGGAGCAUUUUGGUAAAGGAAAUAGUUGUUCAGAAUCACCUCAGCUACUACCCUAUUAAAGGACGUCCACCUAAAACCAAACACUGAUACACUGACCAAGCAGAAUCCUGGAACACCAUCAAUGAUCCUAUACUGGAUGCACAAAGAAGAAUUGCAGUUUUCGAUUUGACACUCUGAAUAUUACAGUGAUGGAAAAUCAAUGAAGUGUAUCAUGGAUUUGAGCAACAUGUGUAAUUUAAUGCAAAACACUGAGUCGUUCCCGUAGAACAGACCAAGAUAAACAACUUCACCAUGGAGCAACAGCUGGUCAUCGCGUACUUACCUUCCAGCAAAGUAAUUAGAGGAAUUUCGGAGUUAUACCGGGUGGCACAAAUUCGUACAUGUUACAGUAUAGUAUGGAAUCAUAGUACGUAUUAGAUUUACAGCUUAGCAUGUAAGAAUUUUAUUCAGAUCCUCGUCUGCGCGUUAGUGCUUCCUUACAAGGACUAUUUCGUCUCCUUUAUUUUUUCAUACUUGUGCAAAAUCCUUGCGCGUAGAAGUGGAUUUCGAGUGUGUAUUUUAAGAACAAGAAUGUUUUGUCCACUCGGUACAUUCGUUGACUAUAUCGCAUUGUAACCUAUGCCAUAGUUUAUUAGUUGAAAAUAAUAACACAAAGGCUGCCAAACCUCCGUGGAUCAUGAUUGUAAAAGGUGAUGCACAGAGGGAACGUUACACAAAAAAAAAGAAAAAAAAAAGUAAUACAAUUUAGACAGCUUAUUCUUGCUGACUCGUGCACGCAGUUCUGCCGUUCAACUUUUUAGCAUGCCUAAAGAGGCUUUCGAUGGUUCGCAAAAGUAUAGAUUAAAGGAUGGUUCAUUUUAAAAUACGUGGAUGGUCAAUUAAUAAACAUGGCUUUGUUCACGAGGUGCACGAAUCCAGUUAGUUGGUAUAUCUAAUUACCUUCGAGGCCUCUGAAAAUUCGACGUGUCGUGUUGCUUUUUUAAUCAAACGUAAAGCAUCGCUGCCAUGCGAAACGACAUAGUCCUAUGAAAUUUAUUUAGCGUUAUUAGACCAGUGUCGUGCCGUAACGUUCUUGCAACGUGAAUUGCAUGCUUUGAUAUUUUAACGAAAACAAUAUACCGUGGUUCGUUCACAGCCGAUAAAAUGAGGAAGAAUAAUGUUCAAGAAACGUCAGCGUGUUCUGUCCCUGAAUAGAACUGAACCAAUUAAUCGCAAACACCCAUUUCUGUCGUUAUCCCGAAUGUUUUCUUUUUCUUUUAAUUUUUUUCUUUUAAACACUGUCCAUAAAUUUUUUUUUUUUUUUUUUCGUUUAGUGUAUUCGAGGUGCUUCGUUAGUAAAGUUAAGAUCUCAGCUCGUGAAUAAUUAGUUAGAAUUGAUAAUUAUGGCGCCAGUGGGAAAGGACCAAUCCGCAAAGACCAGGGUGCAAUUUAACAAAUUUCCAGAUGUCUGGAAACCACGUACAAUUCCUAAAACGAGCUGGUUCUCGAGUGGAAAAAGAAAUGUGCUCGAUCCUUUUUUUUUCGUAUCUUUUCUUCUUCCCUGCACCUUUAGUCUUCGGCUUAUAUGGAAGAGAUAAAACAAAACAGACGCAAUGAUUUCGUCUCGUGAAAAUUUUUCGCGCGUGCUAGCAAAGAAAAAUAAUAUUGAAACGUUUUCACGUUGUGCGUGCGAUACGCUAAUAUAUCACACACACACCCAUAUAUAGAUAAUAUGUACGUAUA